UAAAAUUUUCUACAGUAGAAGUCAUUGAAAAUAAAGGUUGAUCAAUAAGAUGAAAAAAAUAUUUUCAAAAUUGGAAAAUAAGAAUGACGAGAAAGUCACGUCAACUAGUUUCACGGGAAAAGUGUUUCAGAUCAACAAACAUUCAGUGGUUGUUGAAGAAAUUCUAGCUGAAGGUGGAUUUGCGAUAGUAUUUCUUGUGAAAGGGAAUAAUAGCAUUAGAUAUGCCCUGAAGCGCAUGAGCAAUUUGUGUGGACACAAGAAUUUAAUUGGCUACAUUGAUUCUAGUAUUACGCAUGUUGGCAACGGAGUGCAUGAGAUACUCGUGUUGAUGCCGUUUUACAAAGUUCACCUUCUAAAUUUAAUGAAUUCCAAGCUUAACGUAGGUUUCACUGAGCAAGAAGUCCUCAAGAUCUUCUGUGAUAUAUGCGAAGGAUUAUCACGUUUACAUCAUUGUCAAACGCCAAUCCUCCAUCGUGAUCUUAAAGUCGAGAAUGUCCUUCAAAGUGACAAUGGUGAUUUCGUGUUAUGUGAUUUUGGGAGUGCAACAGGAAAGAUUUUAAAUCCAAAAACUCACGGCGUAGCGAUGGUCGAAGAAGAAAUAAAGAAAUACACAACACUAUCCUAUCGAGCACCAGAAAUGAUCGACUUUUACACUCUCGGUCAACCGAUCACAACCAAAUCCGAUAUUUGGGCGCUUGGCUGCUUCUUAUACAAACUCUGCUUCUUCACUUUACCUUUUGGCGAGAGUACACUUGCGAUACAAAAUGGAACAUUCACGAUUUCCGAUAAUUCUAGAUAUUCUAAGCAAAUGCAUCAACUCAUCAGAUUUAUGCUCGAGCCAGAUUGCAACAAAAGACCAAACAUUUUUCAAGUAGGAGAAAUUGCUUUUCUGCUGUCCGGUAGAUCAAAUCCUAUUCAAAAUUUAUACAAGCAGCCCAUUCCUAAUAUAGAACAAUUAAUCGUUCCGCCAUUUGAAAGUGAAAUGAAAAAGUCAUCUGUUCUUAGCACACCGAAAGCGAUAAUAAAAGCGCCUUUAGCUCCAACUGUUGCUUCGUUAGCAUCAACAGAGACAAGUGUAACACCACGUCAACGACCAAAAGCAUGUCAACUUAAUCCAGUUAACGCAAAUCAAUUCACAAUUGGUUUACCACCAAGUCCAUCACCUCGCAAUAUUUUAUCAUCACCAAUUGAUGCACAAAACUUUAAAGCAUCAUCAUCAUCAGCAUCUUCGAAGACGCCAGAUAAUUUCAAUGCUCAAUUUGAAGUAGAUUUUACGAACAUUGAUAAUCAAAUGGCACCAGUGACAGCACCACCACCAGCAACAGUUGCAACACCAUUGAUUAAUUCAAAUGUUGUUAACAAUCCUGCAGAAACAGAAACGUUCGAUAAUCUCUUCAAGUCAAGUAUGUAUCCGGAUCCAUUCGGUGAGAAUGACGAUGAAAUAGUUGAAAUACAAACAAAUUAUAACGACAACCAAACUCGCGGUCAACAAUUGUUUGAGACAACUUUAGAAAGUCAACAGCAACAAGUAGUAACAAAAGUUAAUCAACACCGACGGUAUUUAAGUGACACUUCAGGCUUUAAAAGCAUUAAUUCAGAUGUCGGAUCGUCAGGGCAUUCAGCUUCAAGUGGUGAUUUGAUAUCAAGCAAUUAUAAGAAAGAAACAACAGAUGCAAUCUCCAAAUGGAAUCCAUUUGAGGAUUCAACGCCUUUUAGUCAUGUUGUGACGGAAGAAGAAGAUCUUUUUGGUGCUGAAUUUGAUAAGAUUCGGCAAGAAGGAACCAAAUCGCUGGAACGAUUAGAACAUCCCACCAUUCCUGAGGAUCCUUUUCAAGCUCCAUUUUCCCUUAGGCAACAAAGAGCACUCAAGAAGAAUGGCAGUGUGGAAGUUGAAGGAAAAGCUUGUAUUUUAUAAAACCCCAACAUCAAUCUCUGAUCAGUACUUGUAUUGGCUUCUAUAAAAAAAUCAAGUGUCGUUAGCAUUUAAUUGUUACGAACGGCCCUGGCGCUUAGUUAGGAUCAAACAUAUAAAAUUUUUAAUUAUUUUUCUCCUCCACCCCCGCUCCUUUUAAAUUAUAAAUAUGAGAAAAGUGAUCGUAACAAAAACUCUCGUCACGAGCGAGGGUGAGAAAGAGUUCGAAAGGUAAACGUUUAUUUUAUUGACGAUUAAAUAAUUCUAAAUGUGAAACAAAACAAUGAUUGCUGAUGAUACGAUUAAACUUAACACUUCUUCUAAUGUUCCUUUUAGGAUUUUUCUUAACUUGAACAU